AUGUAGAUCCGCAUGGGCUACUACGACUCCUCCAUCUCUCCAAAUAACCCAGCGGAAUCAUAAGAUAAAGGAUCCCAGGAUGGUCUUAGUGCAUGUCGGAUAUCUGGUUCUUCCUGUAUUCGGCUCAGUAAGAAACAGAGUAUGGAGGCUGGCUCUACAUUCUGCAUUUAUCAGAUCUUUGUCGUCCCCCCCAUUGUGUAGCUAAUGAUCAUCUGCUGCUGUGUGGUGUGGCGUGGCCUCUGCCUGUUCUCUGCAUUUAGCUGUAUUGUGAAUCCCUUCUUCAUUUCCUCUUUCCAUCAGAAGACGACAUUGGUAUUAAAAAAGCACCCCCCCCUUCCCAAGAUGUAUUCAGCCAUAGACUUUUCCAUGUUAAAGCAGACUAAAACAAUAGCUAACACCUAGAACAGAGCACCUUUUUUUUUUGUCUUUUUUUCUGUCAAAAUUGCUGUAGCACUGAGUGAACAUUUUAGCUCCUUUUUUUAGAUAUCAGUUGAAUGUCAUUGUGUACCUCCCAUCCAGUCUUGAUAGACAACAUGCUGUAAAUUCCUGUAAAGUGGAUACAUUUUGCAUGAUCCUAAAUACUGCACUGCAUUGUUGAACACCAGAAUUUGGCUCAUCUUCCUUCUCUUCACACAAGGUGCAAUGUACACGAUUAAAGUGACCCGUAAUUGAAAAAAGCAUGCAGAUUGGAGCUGUACGCAUGCCAUUAUUAUUAUUUUUAUUGAACUCAGCAUUUCAGCAAACGCUGUCAUGUGAUAACUUGAAAUGACUGAAGGUACACUGCACCUGCACACAACAACCUGCCAUAACUGUCUCCAUUUUUGUGUAAUCCUUUUGUUCCCUUUGCAAAUUUCAAGCUUCGAAUCACACUGAAUUGUCAGGGCUGUUUGCCCCUUCCAGGCAAAUGAAACUCUAAACAUUUAAGUAAGCAAAACAUGCUCACUGGUGGUUCAUCACUUCCCAAUUUUCCCCACUAACAUAAGGCCAAAAUGCUAUCCAUUUCACAGGGAUGCCUAUUUUUCCUGCACUGCUAAAGAGAUCCUCUAUUAGUAAUAACGUCUUUAUUGUUUGGUUGUGGUCUCUCUUUACCUUUUGUUCUGGUAAUAGUACUUUCAAUGCAUGUCACAUUUAUGAUUCAUAAUUUUUGUUUUUUGUUUUUCUACAUUGACUAGUGAAAAUCCAAUGUAAUCUUUCUGUAGUAAAGAUGUACCCUGCUGUACUGGAAUCAUGUGCUGUAGCCAACACGUCUGCUCAUUGGAUGCCGCUUUUGUUCUUUUUAACCCUAUAUGGAGCAUGGUGGGCCUUGCCUUCAGUCUAUGUUGUUUAUUUUUGUUGCAUGGAUUUAUACUAUUAUUACAAACAUACAAGAAAGAAAACACAAAUUCCACAUAUACUAAUAUUUUUCAAUAAAGAAUAUAGUGUUUUUCCUAACCUUCAGUGUGCUUCUUGCUGAUUUCCAUUUAUUGUCCUCCCUCUCCCUUGUCCCUACCUACCCCUUCCCCCUACCACCCCCCACCCCACCCACCUCCUUUCCCGCUGUGACAAAGAUAGACAAUUUCCACGCUUCCUCCAUCACAGGGCCUGAAUGAGUCUAUCUGCUGUCAUUCAUGGUGAUUGUUUUCACUGAGACGCUUGAAAACGCAGUGUGCUACGUACUCACAGUCGAGACUUGAGCCUUUGACCCACGGCAGCAAGGUCACCUCUUGGCUGCCUGGCUGCACUGACGACUUGUCAAGCUGAAAAUGUUGCUGGAAAGUCGUACUGCUUAUGUUUCCUGGGUGUUUAAAACCAUACUGUGUUUUUCAAGCGUACUCCUAGUAAAUGCAAUGUAGACUUUGCCUAUUCCCUCAUGAUUUUUAAAAGAAUUUCCACUGUUUACUAAAGAACUCGUCAUGUCUUUCACACUUCAAAAGCAGAUUAAACUCGAACCUCGUACUGGAAUUUUACAUCUUCUGUAAGAACUGCACAAUUUUAAUCUCGAAACUGGUAGGUUUCCAUAAAAUUCACUGCUUCAGUUUCUGCCAGAUGGACAUAACAGAGCACAGUAUAUUGAAUCCUGCUCCACUGCAGGCCUAGUAGGGCUGGCCAGGAUUUCCUCAAAGGUUUCUAAUCAAAGCUACAUUUAUUAUUGCAAUUUCUCAGCCUUUCAUAGUCAAAAAGGUCUUUUUAGGCUUAAGCACAGCAUUAAAACCAUAUUGCACCACAGCACAAGUUAGCCUGUCUUUUUCUCCCUGUUGAGUCUCUACAGCAGUCUGUUCACUGCAGCUGCCAAAUAGCUGUGGUUGGAGAGAGUAAAAAAAGCAUUCAAGCUAUUUCCUCUCAACUCCUGAAUGUUCACAUGGGAGAAGAACAAGUAGACCUAUGCUGUAUGUUUAAGACACAAAGAUACAGUAGGUUUCCGGGAAGCACAGAAUAAUAAUGUAAAUGGUUUACUUUUUAAGAAGGAAGGGACUGUUCUUUAUGAUUAUAUAGACAGAGAUUUGGCACUUAAGCAGUUUAAUUUAUAUCUUACAGACAGCCAGGUACUAAAGCUUUUACUAUUGAGUGCACUGACCCACUGUCACUUGUAGAAUUUACAAGAACUGAGCUGCGUCGAAGACCGUGUACUGGUAGAUUUCAUCUGUUCUGAUCCAGUUCUGUGAAUCAGGAGACCAGGAGUCGAUCCAGAGGUCGGAAAUACAAUUAAUGAAAUGAAAGCUCGCGUUUUGUGUGCAGGACCAAAAAUGGUUGUCAUGUUCAUGGUACUUGUGGUAACCAUCAUUUUCCCACCCCCCACAGAAGUAUUUUUCACCCUAGGUAAGAGGUAGGGCUUCAUUAACAUGCUAUAUCACACACACAGUGACACCACAUUUCACCCACAAUUAAUUCCAGCUAAUCUCUCCCCUCAGGUGCCUGACAAGUUCUCCUUAUCCUCCACAGGAUCCCAUUUCAACCGGCAACAGCAACAGCAGCAGCAGCAGCAGCAGCACAGCCAUGCUACCUCUUGCCGGCACUUCCAGUUAGGUCCUCAGGCUCCGCUGCCCAUGGACUUCCCCAUGCCCCACCCAGGGCAGCCACAGUCAGGCAUUAACCCCCACCUGGCCCCUCCCGGCCACCAGCAUGGCCCUCCGCUCCACCCGCCCCUCAACCCCUUGCCCACUCCCCAGUUCCAGGACAUCCCUGCCCCUCCCUUCCUACCUCAGGCAUUACACCAGCAAUACCUCCUCCAGCAGCAGAUCCUCGAGGCCCAGCACCGACACAUCCUGCCACCCUCCAGCAGACGCACCCCAGAGAGAGUUCCUCACCAGCCCCACAGACUGCGGCCUGGCUAUGAGUUUGCGCCCCCUCUUCAUGUCCCUCCUCAGCCGGUGGUGCAGCAGCCCCGCUACCUGGCUGAGGGCACAGACUGGGAUCUAAGUGUGGAUGCCGGGCUGCCCCCUCACCAGUAUCACAUCCAUCCGCUGCCGCAGCACUAUCAGCACUACUUGACCUCUCCUAGGAUGCACCACUUCCCUAGAAACAAUGCCUCAACACAAGUGGUUGUCCAUGAGAUCAGAAACUACCCAUAUCCCCAGCUGCACUUGCUGGCUCUGCAAAGUCUCAACCCCUCCCGCCACGCGUCUGCUGUUAGAGAGAGCUACGAGGAGCUUCUGCAGCUGGAGGAUAGACUGGGCAGUGUAAACCGUGGAGCGGUCCAAACCACCAUAGAGAGGUUCACUUUUCCCCAUAAGUACAAAAAGAGAAUACCACAGGACCUGAAGAUGUGUCUGGACGAUGAGGAGCUGGAUACCGAUGAGAAGUGCACCAUCUGUCUGUCUAUGCUGGAGGAUGGAGAGGAUGUCAGGAGAUUACCCUGCAUGCACCUCUUCCACCAGGCGUGUGUGGACCAGUGGCUGGCCACCAGCAGGAAAUGCCCCAUCUGUAGAGUGGACAUUGAGACCCAGCUGACCCCUGACAGUUGAUAGCUCCUGUCGACUCCUGCAGCUUUGGAUCUGGUCUUGUUAAAUUCUCCAUUGCCUCCCUCUGGGGGAAGCUCUGCCAAACACCCCCUCUUCCCCCCUCUGCAUCACUCAACGAGCCUGCCUUCUGAGACAGCUGUGACAGAGGGAUCAACAAAGCACACUCACCUACAACACAACGAGGGAUGGGGGUUGAUGCAUUGAUAGGUGGCUGGACUGAAGGUUGGUUGAAUGGACUUUGCUGGAUGUAAAAGGUAGGAGCGGACAUGUAUGGACAGAUGUGCUGAGGCUUCACACAAUUCUGUCAGAUUGUGUACCCUGUGUACAUUUCUCCAUACAGCCACCAAGAGAGGACACUCUGACUACCAACCUCCCCCAGCUCAGUGUGGUGUAUUAAGGCCAUUUCUCUGCCACUAUAUCUAAACCCCCUCUCCCCCAGGCCUGUGAAAAAUCCUUUAAGCUGCACUCUGCCCAAGCCCUCAGCACAUCUGUACAGAACAUUAUCAAAUGAUUAGCAUGAGGUUGUUUGGUGUGAACUCUUGUAGCUGAACGCUUGUGGUGUAAUGGAGUAUAGUACUGAAAAAGUAUUUACAGAGUAACAGUGUUGUGUAGCAAGCAAAAGCCUUUUGAGAAAUAUGUUUGUGAAAAAUAAACCUACAGAGAGGGUGACCACAGCUCUAACGGAGAGAAUAUUCAGUGUGUUAAAUCAUAGGCAAUGAGGAAAGAGCUAGUUGUGUACAAAGGCCAAAAAUCCCUCUGUCUUGUCUAACAUGGUUUUUGGAUUUACAGUUAGUAGAUGCCAUCAGAGUUGAUGCUAAACCCGCUAACUGCAGGCAUGGCUUCCAGUGAUCUGUGUAGUGUCGUAGUCGGGCCUCUAUAAUCUAGAGCAGAGGCCUCAGAUGUGCAUGCUGUAUGGCAGGCUUGGGCUGUGUCGUUAAUAUUGUGGAGCAGUAGAAACAGGGACUGUGUCUGUGCAUGUGAACCGUAUACUAUGACGAUCCCACUCAUUCAUAGAGGAGGACAAGAAUGCACCUAUUACCCCUUCUUCCCACCUCCCCACACCCCCUCCCCACUCAUCCCGAGUAGACCAAAGUUGCCCUUAGACACCGAUCUCGGACCAUUGUAGCAUUUCUCUCCUGAUGUUCGAGGUUAGGAUUCAAAGAGCUGCUAGCAGAUCCGUGUCUAACUGCAACUCCUCUCUGUUGCCUCGCUCAUGGCAUGAUCAUGACAUUAGAGGCCGGCAUGGGCUUGCAGUGCCUGAGUCUUGCCAUCAGAGUGAAUAAAAUCGGACAUUUCUAUUACCUAUUACCAGAACCUUAUUGCCUAUCGAACAAGCACAUGUGAUUUCUAUAUACAGUGAAUCGCCUCUGUUGUGUAUCGGCUCCUUUUCAUUUCAAUCUAAGUUGCUCCCACUGUUUGAUAAAAAGACUGUGUCUGGUGUUACAGGGAAAAUACAAAUCUAGUUUGCCUGUGAUAUGUGCUAGAAUGUGUAUGAUUGUCCCCCACCCCCCUCCCCCAUGGUAGUAGUGUAUGGUAUUGCUAGAACAACUGUGAUACGUUCAGUGAUAGAAGCCGUUUUCUCUAUAUCAUGCAUGAACCAUGUCGGCGUAGUUCACUUGAAGGAGGGUGAAAGGGAGAAAAAGCCAUCCAUUUGAAAAAUACCAAACAAUUGUUGUAAUCAUUACUUUUAUUUCGAUUGUUUUUUUCUUUCUUUCAUUUCUUUUCUUUUCCUUUUACUUGUAAUUUUUUUUUUGCUCACAUGCCAAUCUGGACAUGGUACUAAUAUGCCGAGUCCUUGUCCAUUUUAACCAUAGUGAAGAAAAAGCUGCAAUGCUGCAAAAACAUAUUUAUUGUUAUUGUUAUAAUGUAGCUUGUGUUUUGUAAAUGCACUAUAAUAUGGAGUUGCCUGAUUUUUGGUUUGGUGGUGUGGGUUCUUCUUGUCCUAGAUUUUGUGUUUCUAUUCAGUUAAAAGUAUUUUCAUGCUUCCUUGUGUAUUAUUGGAGGGUAACUUGACUGUUUGUGUUGCGUUUUUUUUUUUCUUUUGUAUGAAACCUCCAUCCAAAAAACUACAGAUGGAUGAAAAUGGAGGUUUGCUAGUUCACAUAGAAUGCUGUGAUUAAAGAUGCCUUAAGUAUUUAACAAUCAUUAUUUAUUACUAACUGUAGCUAGCUAGCUAUCGUGGUGGAAUAUUUAAUGUCUCUAUCUCAUAACUUUGCAAUUUAAUCAAUAUAUUUAUUUAAAAUAACACAAAAUAUUAAAAAAAGAAUACCUCAUUAUGCAUUGGUCGGUGGGGAUGCUUUUGCAUGCCGUCUGUGUUUUCUUUUUCAAAGGAGAAAAAAAGAAACUUGUUGAAAAAUUGACUUAGGGGGUGUUUCCCAACACAUUUUCUAGCCAGCAUGGUGCUGUUGAUCUGGAUUACAUUCCAUUCAUGUCACCUCUUGAUUUCACUUUAAAAUUGUUUUGUGUUUUCAACAUCAUCCCUGCUUUGAUCGAAAGCAGAUGACGGGGUACAAACUCCUUUUGUCUUAGUAUGGCUCCACAAUUAGCUUGCUUUUGUUAUAUGAUACUGCUUUGUUUCCCAUAAUCAGUCAUAUUUAAUUUAAUUUUUGAUAUUGUUUUGUUUUAUUUUGACCAUGUUCAUGAUAUUUCAACAUAUCUGGAUCUCAAUUUAGUGCUUACUUUAAGACCCACAUAAUGAGCUGUAUUAUUUGUUCUUAUGUAUCGCUGGCAAUUGCUUUGUGUGGGAUUUUGGGAAGUAUCUAACAUGCUAACUUGAGCCAUUGGUCUUAUUGAGCAAAUUUCUGGUGUACUGUGGUUAUACAAUAUAGAUAGCGUGUUUUACACCUGGGUAUAAUAAGCUAACUACGUUUUCGGUGUGCAUUUCUUAUUAAUACUCUACUAAUCCUGCAAAUUAUUAUAACAUAUAUUGGAUUGGAAUGACGCUGGCUGGUCUUACUAUUAUUAUUUCAUUUCGUGCUCUCACUGGCCUUACCCCAUGUCCUCCACAGUGUACCCCAUUACUCCAGAGCGAACUGGACAGUAGCCAUAGUAUUAACUCAAGCUGAUGAACCGGAAUGAACAGUAGAACUUAAAGCACAAGCUUUUUAAUGCAUGUCCUUCUCAGGUUUUCCUAUGUGUAUGUGGGAGUAGCUCUGUAGAUGUGUUUAAUAUGAUGCUGUACCUUCUUGAAUAUUUCAGAUGUUUCUUUGCUGCUGAAAAAAUGUUGAUUAUUAACCUGCCAGUGAAAAAGGGAAGUGGCCAUCUUUGUACAACACACUGCUGUUUUGCUGUAACCGCGCAAUGUUUUAUGAUCUUGAGUAUUUUAUAGAAAAGUAGAAGUAUGUAUCAAUAAUAUGAAAGCAAUAGCUAAAUCAUAAUGAAGAAUAACAUGAUCAGUGAAUAUUGUGGAAAAUCUUUAGAUUCACUCUGGGUGGAUUUUGUACUGUAUUUAUUACUAAUGAUGAUGCAAAAAGUUGCAUAGCUUAACCCAAACUGUUCUGUCUCUUUUUUAUUUAUUGUCUUGUAUAUGAUCUUUUUGUAUGUGUUUUUCAAAUAAACUGCCUAAAAUGCUGACAA